GAUGGGUGUGGUUCCCUGUGCAGGGAAGUUUUAUUGCUACAGUGAGUCAACUGGUGAAUACACAUCAUGUUGAAUGAAUCAUAACUAAAGUGUGAAGAAGAAGAGCAACAGCUCCAAAUGGAAAUGGAAAUAUAGUGAAUACUGGUAUUUGUUUAAAUUUAACGUCUUCUGUCAUCUGAAAAGUUGAAGGUGUCUGGGACAGGACAGCUCGCUUGGAGAGAACAAUGGGCCUCCUGCAGCUCCUGAAAUCCCAGUUUUUGAGUCAUCUGAUCAUCUGCUAUGUGUUCCUGGCCAGUGGCCUCAUUAUCAACCUGUUGCAGCUCUGUACUUUACCUCUGUGGCUGGUCAGUAAGCAGCUGGCCCGCAGGAUCAACAUCAGACUGGGCUACUGCAUAACUAGCCAGAUGGUAGCUGCCCUGGAGUGGUGGUCUGGGACAGAAUGUACACUCUACACAGACCCAAAGAGUUAUCCGUUGUAUGGAAAUGAGAAUGCAAUUGUGGUUCUCAACCACAGUUUUGAGAUAGACUUCCUGUGUGGCUGGACCUUCUGUGAGAGAUUCGGAGUUCUUGGGAGCUCCAAAGUAUUGGCCAAAAAAGAGUUGAGUUAUGUACCUGUUAUUGGCUGGAUGUGGUACUUUUUGGAGAUAGUCUUCUGCAAGAGGAAGUGGGAGGAGGACCGAAGGACAGUUGCUCAGAGUCUUCAGAACCUGUGGGAUUACCCAGAAAACUACUGGUUCUUGCUUUACUGUGAAGGGACACGCUUCACACCAAAGAAGCACCAGGUCAGCAUGCAGGUGGCUGACAGCAAAGGUUUACCCAAACUGAAGUAUCAUCUUCUGCCCAGGACCAAAGGAUUCUGGGUAACUGUCCAAAACCUCAGAGGAACUGUUGCAGCUGUGUAUGAUUCCACACUGAACUUCAGAAACAACGAAAUGCCAACCUUGCUUGGAAUCCUUAAUGGGAAGAAAUAUCACGCAGACCUAUAUGUGAGGAGAAUCCCUCUAGAGUUGAUCCCAGAAGAUGAAGCAGAGUGUGCUGCAUGGCUUCACAAACUCUACCAGGAAAAGGAUAGCUUUCAGGAGCUGUACACACAGACAGGGCAUUUCCCUGGCCCCAUUGUGAGUCCUCCACGCCGACCCUGGGCUUUGAUCAACUGGCUGUUCUGGGCCUGCUUGGCCCUCUACCCACUGGGCCUGCUUCUUGCUCAGCUGAUCAUUUCUGGAUCGAUGGUGACCAUCUUAGUGUCUGUGACUCUGUGCACUGCAGCUUCACUGGCAGUUCGCUGGAUGAUUGGACAGACGGAAAUUGACAGAGGCUCAAGCUAUGGGAAUAAGGAGGUUCCUCUAAACAACAACUAAAGACUCCUGGCCUGCUCAGAGCUGCUUCUUUUCACAGCUUCUAAUAUGCAAAUUUAACGGCAGAAGAAUGUAAACAUCAGUCUGACAGGAUCUGCUGAUACCACUUCAAACUUGAGUCUAAGCACAAUGAAGACAUGGUAGCAUCGUUUUAAUGCUAUGCUUCAAAAGACAAUGUAAGAUCAUGGAAAGUGGACCAGCUGCCUUUGGGAAAGUUAUGAUUAGAAUGUCAGGCAAGAUAAAAUAAUGCUUUACUACACUCUCCUCAAAUCAGAGUGCAAAUAUUUGAAUACAGUCAAGACAAACAUUUUCACCAGCAAGUGUUUUUCCAUAACUUUAAAAUCAAAACUGCUCCACCAAAUUAAAAUUUGCUCAAAGAUUGUACUCAAACCCCUUGAGAAACUCGCAGACUCAAUCAGCUUAGCAUCAUAAAAUAUGAAAGCUGGCCAACAACAUUGUCUCUGACCCCAACCAUCCAAAUGCAUGCAAGUUAGCCUCAAGAAUGUUUCUAGCAGUAUUGUAGAAAGUGCGACAACAAGCCUGACAACAUUUAAAUAUGUAUUGAAGCAAAAUAAGCCAUGGAGUCUAGUUUAUGUAUCGGAAGGAUUACCACGAGUAACUUCAACAGUAACAAACAGUAAACAAA